ACUUUGUCUGCUAAACACAGAAGCCUGGAAGAGUGUGUCAAUGUGUGUGUAGUUCUCAGUUCGACAAUGAACGCCAUCAAGAUUCUUUGCUUUUUAAUUAGUGUCUCAGAGCUGAGUGUAAUCAGCAUGGCUGCUGAGGUUCCAUUGAAAAGGAAUUCCCAUCAGACAGCAGACAACCAACAGGGGGGAGCUGUUGUUUUUUUCGCUGCACACCAGGGCAUGCUGAAAGAUCUCCUAUUCAACCGAGUUAUUUUCAAUCAGGUGUUGGUGAACCAAGGCUCUGGUUAUGACAAUAACACGGGUGUCUUCACUGUUCCUCUUGAUGGGAUCUACCAGUUUGUGUUUUCUGCUCAGCUCUGCCGUGGUAACCAUAACAACUUCUGGGCCUUUAUGGUCAAUGGAGUUGAAAAGAUGAUAUGUCAUGCUCAGGUGACUGCCGGCGACACAACCCUCAACACUUGUUAUUUCAUUGAGGAAAUGAAGAAAGGUGUUCAGAUCUGGAUAACACAAUUUCAAGGCAGCUGUGCCUGGUCAAGCGCCACCUCAAAAACAAUCACUUUCUCUGGUGUCCUGUUGGUUAGCCGGGGUACCUCCAUGCUGGGAGGUAAGUAUGGCUCCUGCCCACUACCCAACUUGAGCUACAGACAACAGUCCAGCUCUGCAGAAAAGACUAUCAGCUUUUCCUGUGUCAUCAUCACCUUUCAAAUGAUCUUGUUCCUGCUAAAUUAAUCAUGGCAGCCAGAUAACUGCAGUUCUAAACUUCAGCUUUCAUUUGUCAGCACCAUCUUUUCUUUCUCUCAAAAAGGAUCUAUAUCUAGACACUACACUUCCAUAGAAAACUAUUUUUCUUUAACAUACUCAAAUGUUACAUAUUCCCACAGAAAGAUAAUCCAAGUAAAUGCAAAAAGCAGUUUCCAAAUUAAGAUUACACUCAUCAAGAGAAAUCGCUUCAAACCAGUAGGUGGAAACACAACUAACUCACAUUUCCUUUUUGGCAACAUUUUAAAUAUUUUCUCAAAGUUUGCAUUAUAAUUGGAUAAAAACAUUGCUGCUGAUGUUUAAGAUUCAUAGCCAGUUACUGCAACUUUAUUUCAAUACUUACAUCCAGGUCACACACAUAAUUUUGUCAAAUGUUGGAUACGCAUGACUGUUAAAAAAGUAUAAUGUAGAAAUUUUUGUAGAAAUUCAUUUAGUUCAGAGUCCAUGUCAGAAUGAUACUCAGAUGGGAUUUUUUAUUGUCAUCUGAUAAAUUUACUCACCUCCACAAUGUUUUCAAGGUGAACAUGUCUUUACGUGUGCACAAAGUAGUAAGAUGUGUGAAUUGUAAUCCAUCAAAAGGAUGGAUGAGCUGCACAUUUUCCCAUCACUGUUUAAAACACCAGCCAAACACAGAACAUAUUCAGUUAAUGUGACCCUUUGCUUUGCUAUUUCAUUCUGAAGGUUUUUACUUUGACAUUUUUUGUGCAUCGACCCACCAGUGGAUUGGAAAGUUCACUUAUCUUUAACGCUUUAAGUAAAUAUAGUUUUCCCAGGAGACCAUUGACAUACAUAAAGGUUAUAUGCUGCUUAUGUUUCAGAAAAAAAUAAGAUCGGUUAACAGGAAAACA